UGCGGCUCCCCGCUGCUCACCGCUUCGCCUGGCCUCGGCCGCCCGCCCUGCGCUUGUGCCCCUUCCCCUGGAUAUAACUCGCCCUGGCACCGCGAGAGGGGUGACCUUAAGCUCGGAAAUAAAUGCUGCCCUGCUGCUGCCGUUCCUCUGAAUUGUCCUGUUUCACCUGUGUACCGUUUUCCUCAUUUUUUCCAUUCCAGAGCCACUCAGUACACAUGCAUGUUGCUUAGCUAUUUAAUAGAGCAUAAGGCUGGUAAAGAGAAGCUGGUAAUGAAACUCAAGCAGUUGGAAUCUAACAUGAGUUCUGGCCGGAAAAUGUUCAGACUGGGCAACAUGGUACAUGCUUUGGUAGCAGCCAAGAGGACUACACAGCUGCCAGAUGUGGUUCCUCGCUUCUGCCUUACAGCCUCCAACCUGACCCGUGCCCUCUACUUCAUCUGCGAUGCGGUCCUGUGGUUGAAGAGCACUGGGCUCCAACCUGACAUCGAUAAGAUGAAGUGGCAGAACAGGGCUACCAAGUGUUACUACCUUUCACUCCUGAUAAAUCUAGCCAGGGACUGGUAUGAGAUCUCCUGGAGGCUGGAACAAGCUAUACGGAAAGAAAACACAAAGGAGAAUUCCUUCUGGGACAAACACAGUCAGGAACUACACCAUGUGAAAUGUGAUGGUUUGCGCAGUUAUCUCCUGCUGUUUCAGAUACUGAAAAGAAAUCCUCCUUUGCUGCUGGACUUGGUGAAGAAUCUGUGUGAUCUCUCAGGUCCUUUGGAUACACUUGGCAUCUACAAGACCAACCCAGGAGUGAUUGGCUUAUGUGGCAUCCUCUCCUCCCUGGUGGGGAUCUUCACAUUAGCAAACCCAUGUCUGAAGCUGAAACAGUAACACAAAAGGAGCUGCACAGUAUACAGUGAGCCAACAGCUUUGAUCCUCUGAUAGAUUUUUAUCCUCCAUAUGGCACUUUCGAAAUGAACAUGUCUCACAGUAACCUCAAGAUUAAUUUUGUUCUCUAAAUAAGUGAAUUCUACCCUUUUUCCUUCCCUGUGUCUUUGCAGAUGAGUUUGGUGCCAUGACACACUCACUGAUGGAGUCAACAUGGGAGAAGACAGAGUAAUAUUUCACAAACAGAAACAGGACUGGGAACGUGGCUGCUAGACAAGGAAAUAUUGAUGUUCCUAUGUUUUAAUACAGGGCUGUGAAACAGCUGCACAAACAACUGUAAUAGGUAUACUAAUAACUAAUCGUGUCUACACUGGAAGGCUGGAAUUCACCAAUCAAACGUUCCUACAGUCAGAAUUUCUGUAGUGGGCUCAGGCAAGUUAGGAGCUGCAGUUUAAAUGGCCUGACGUCAAGUGCCAUCGAGUUCUGAUGAGUUUGGGUUGGUGGAUCCUGUUAUCUGUAGGCAGCGGUGUGAAUGCAGUGCGAUGGUAGCUGAAGAGUGGUAUGAUCUGACCUUCUGAUGAUCUCUGUAAGGCGUACCGGUGACGCUGCACCUGUAGUCUAGUAAGUGCCAAUUUGUGUCCCAGGAAAUCAGCACUUUCUUCUUUUCCUUUGAUAAUGUGAGCCAGGGACCACUGGCCAUGAACUCUGGCUUCUCAAGCAGGCCAUGGCUGAGGGUUUUGGUGAAGGACAGCAUGUGGGAGAAGCUUGUUUGAGUGUUGCUGAUGCUGUGAUUUGUAGGGAACUGGGUUUCCAAAGCUGUGAAUCUGAAAUCACUCACAAGCACUACAUUUCCCAUUACAUGCACACCUUAACUCCCAAACCCCUGUGAUUCCAAGUGCAAGAACUUUCCAUUAAUCAUACUGUGAUAAGGAGCUUGUGUUGCUGUUUUAAUUUUACAUGAAAAAUUCCAAUUUAAUAAGGAGGUUUGCAACCAGCAGUUAAGGAGAGAAGCCUGGCUCAGAGCUCAUUGAGUCAGAAAAACUGCAAGGGUGUGUUUCUAGUUGUGUAAGCUCCUGGAGGGAAGGGAAUGGAGUUAGUCGUGAUAAUAUCAGAAUCCCCUGUGAGAAGAAAAUCUUAUUACUGGAUUUGGGCAUUCAUGGGUUAGAUUUUCCUAUCGGGUCCUCCCUAUUCUCUCCUGUCAUGACCAUAAGCUUUCUUGUGUGUUUCCUCCCUGGUUGAAUGGGUUCUACCAUUUGAAAACGCCUUACAUUUGCCCUGCAACUGCAUUAUUGUUCAUCACUUACCUCACUGGGAAUAAUUGCCCAGCAGUGUAAUCUAGGUUAAAGGAGAAAUGCUGUGUCCAGCUGUUUAACAUGACAUGCAGUCUUUGUUGUUCCUGACUUUGCAGAGUACCAGUUCUGACACCACCUGAGAAGAAUUUGCACAUUAUAUAGGAGAUAAAAUUAUCAUUUUUCUUCAUCAGAGUUAGGCCUGUGUGUUCUGCUACUUUCUGGUGCAAGGAAUAGUUGUUUAAUAUGUCAGGAGAUGUGAACAGAGAGUACUCUAACCUGGACCAAGGUACUCUCUUAUUAUUUCUGACACUGUCUGAAAACAGAAAUUAAAAGGUGUUGGUCUCCUUUAUUAAAAAGUGAAGGCUGUGGAAUUGAGUAGGCACGGUAAGGCAGUGUCCCAGUUUACCUUAAGUCAUUGUGGUCAAGCUUGGAAUUACUUCCAGUUUGAAGUGUUCGCCUGCCAAUGAGGUGUUUGAAAAAAGGUUGCUGGGCAGGAUAAUUAAGUGUGCUUGAAGACUGAAUGUGGCCUGCAGCAGUUCUUCUUUUUAAUAUGGAAAUGAAUACCAUUAAAAGAACUGGCAGUUCAGACCAUAAUGAAGCAUUACAUAUGGGAUAUGUUGUCUUCAAGGGCUUUCUCUCCCUCUUAACAAUGGAAUUUUUUUUUUGUUUCUUUACUCCAUUAGCCUUUGAGCUUCUGGCAAUGUGGAGCCCAUCCCUCCCUCGGUCAGAUUUGAUCAUUAUCCCAGUGUGUAGCAACCCCUGUAAGGAAUGAAGAGGAGUCUUGAUGAUCUGGCAGCAGAGGUUUGGCCACCUUCUGCCUACAGAAUUUCAUCUUCUUGCAGAAAAAUGCGUUUUGAAUUCCUCUUAGGGGAGCUCUUGGAUAGAAAAUACUUCUUUCACUCAUUUGUGAAUUGGUUUCUCUUUUUGUACUUCACAGGUAAAGGGAGAUGGAUUAAUAUGGUGAUAUAGCCACUAGCCAGCUACACCUCCCUGUGCCCUGCGGAGGGAAAAGGGUGGUUUUUUCCCUUGUGCCAGGCAAACACUGUGCAAAGCCACGAGCCAGGCUUUGAUGUUUCUCCUGUAGGGAUUGACGUGGAUUAGAAAGUACAGAGUUAAUGUGGGAGAUGGGGCAAUGAAUUUUCAGCCUGUCUCAGCCUUACCUGUGCCAUUCUGAAUCAUGUGAGUUGGAACAUAGAGGAGUAACUCUCUUUCCUGGGUGUUAAGCACUAAUACUUUGGAGGCUGGCAAUUUAAGGUACCUCAAUAUAACGUGACUGAAGCCAUAGAAUCAUAAUCAUACAGAGAAAAACUUUUUAGUGCUUUUUUUUAUAUCUGUUUCUAAUACAGCAGUUGGAAUAAGGACAGCUGUUUGAAAACAAUAAACUGAGAUGAGAGUGACACUGUGUCCACGUGUGUAACUUAGAAGGUGGUGUAAAGAGAUGCUGAAGGAGAGAAUCCUCCCUCCCAUCUCUGAAUUUUUC